AUGGACCAAUUCACCGUGGUGUGCGUCACCACUGCCGCGCUCUGGCUUGGAUGGAGGGUCUGGAGCUUCACGCUGUGGCCCAUGUUGCACCCCGAGCUCCCCAGGAGAUACCCAUACCUGGUUCCUGUGGUCGGUCAUAUCAAGGCAAUGGUCAAUCAUACUGGCAGGGUCUUCACGCGCGGAAAAGCUUAUUUUGGCAACACGCGCGAGAUCUUCAGCCUCGUCGUCAUGGGAGAGGAACUGUACGUCGUCACCAAUCCCUCCGACAUCCAAGAGGUCUUCAAGCAGGCCGCAAGCCUCGACCAUGACGCCAUGGCCGUAGACAUCCUCCUCGACACGGGCAUGACCAAGGAGACCAUCACCCAGAUCUUCGAGCCCGUCUACCGAUCUAAGAACUACAUCAAGGCGACGCAUGACGAUUUCAGGCUGCAGAUGCACCCCGGGCCGCGCCUCGACAAAGUCCAGGCGGAUUUCCUCGCGCACAUCGACAAAUCUCUCCGAUUUGACAAAAUCAGCGGGCCGAUGGUCAAGUCGCUGCCAACUGGCGGCAAGGUCGUUUCCUUGUGGGAGUGGUGCGGCCAGAUUCUCAUCGACUCCGCGAUCGAGGCUUUCUUCAGCAGGGCGCUCUAUGAGGCCAAUCCAGACAUGCUUCAGGACUUUGUCAGCUUCGACGAGGAGAGCUGGAAGCUGCCCUACAGGCUGCCCAAGUUUGCUGCCAAGAAGAUGUACGGGUCGAUGGACAAGUGCAUACUGGCCAUCAGCAAGUGGCUGGAAUAUCCUAAGGAGAAGCGGCAGGCUGCGUGGAUCGUCGACCAGAUGAUUGAGGGUCUGGACGAGGUCAAGGUUACUGGUUCUUAUCAGCGCGGGGCUAUGGUGUUUGUGCUAUUCAGACUGGUCAAUACCAACGCAUUCCGCCUUUGCUUCUGGUGUCUGGCGUAUCUCCUGUUUGACCAGGAGCUCCUCAACGUCAUCAAGGAAGAAAUGCAGCCCGCGUGGAAUCGCGAGGGCGAAGGCAGCCUUGACAUGCAAUAUCUUCUUGAUAAGUGCCCCCGUCUCUCUUCGUUUUACGAAGAGGUUCUCCGCAUCACAGUUGAUAGUGUCGGGGCACGGGUCGUGAUGAAGGAGACGAUGAUCGGAAACAAGAAGCUUUCUGCCGGGAGAAAGGUCCUCAUGCCCUUCCGACAGGGACACUACGAUCCCGAAUUCUUCGGGUCCGAUGCUGCCUCUUUCAACCCCACACGAUUCCUCGACAAUGAAAAAUUGACCCGCAGCGCAAGCUGGAAGCCUUUCGGUGGUGGCCAGGCUUGGUGCCCUGGACGCUUCAUGGCCCGCCGUGAAGUGUACAUGUUUUUAGUUGUUGUACUUUUCCGGUUUAAUACGGACCUGUACUCACCAGAUCAUCGCACACCUGAGUUCCCAGUGUUGGAUGACUCGUAUCCUUGGGGGGGUAUCCUUACACCAAAGCCAGGUCAAAAAGUACUGGUAGAAAUUUCAAAGCGAGUAUGA